GUGCUCGCGUCGCUUAUGUCGGCCGUCAUUGGGGCAUAACUGGGAAUACACCUUAUCAUCCUGCAUAAGAUUUUUCCCCCUUGUGCAGUUUUAGGAAGCUCGUUGGUUUUUCUUUAUCCUGUAUGGUCCCCUUGGAUUCUAAGAAAGCUUUCUGUGAAAUCGUGGUCGGUGAAUAUGUUCUACCUUCUACAACGAUGCUGUUUCCAAAUUCCUUCCAAGAUAGUGCACCUUCAAAGACUUCCACAGCCUGGAAGGUAUAAGGCUGUCAGCUCUCUUAUCCCUGUAGAGUGUGACCUAAUUGUCAAGCCAAAAUUGCAGCUGUUAAGGCAGGUAUCUGCCACUGUAACAAAGGCACAAGGCUUUCAUUCCUCCUGCUUGAGAUGGAAGAAGAAAAAGCCUACAGAACCUGAACCUCGUCAACUGGAUUUGUUGCGAUAUGACAUGCCAUCAGUUAAGAAUUCUCCAAAGCCUGCCCUCUACUUGAGCAUAGCAGGAUUAAUUCCAUUUGUUUCAAUUCCAUUGUUUAUGGUUAUCCAGGAGGCAUAUUACCCAGAGUUGGUAUAUGCCCAAAUUGCAUAUGGUGCCUGUAUAGUAUCUUUCCUAGGAGGCAUCAGGUGGGGAUUUGCUCUUCCAGAAGGCAGUCCUGCCAAGCCUGAUUGGAUUAAUCUGGCUAACAGUGUUGUUCCUUCACUAAUGGCAUGGCUUGCCUUGCUUUUCAAAGAUGACCCCACUCAAGCCGGAAUGAUGGUGGCAAUUGGCUUAGGGGUAGCCCUGCAUUAUGACCUUGCUCUCCUUCCUACAUAUCCCAGCUGGUUUAAAGUCCUGAGAACAAUCCUAACUAUAGUGGCUGUAUGUUCUCUGUUUGUCACAUUUGGUAUUGUAAAGAUUUAUCCAGAGAAACGGCUAAAAUCAUAAUGCCAGUGAAAUGGAACAGUUGAAAUAAAUAGCAAAAAAUGGAAUGGCCCCUAAGACAAAGGGGAUCUCCUGUAAAAAAACAAACUCAUGCUUCCAUGAAAAUGAACUGGAGUUCCUCUAGGAAGACUGCCAAGAGAGAAAUGUAAACCGCCCAGAGAGCAUCGGCUAUUGGGCGGUAUAGAAAUGCAAUAAAUAAAUAAAUAAAUGGCAAUUGAAUUACCUGCUUAUGCCCUAGUUGGUGUAGCUGUGGACUGAAAGCAGGCUAGCAGAGAGGGUAGGUGCUGAAGGCUUAAUGCAAGCUUUACACAUUGAUUGCAAAGGAGUUCAUGCGUUUCCUUCCAUGAUGAGGUGGGCAAGCUGUAACUGUGGAACCCUUCUAUCUCUAUGUACAAGAAAAUGUACAUGUGCUUCUUUGCAUGCUAGCAGAAAUAUGAUUUGUGGGGUCUUCCUCUUCCCUCACUUCCUGCUAAUGUAAAAAGCUGCUUUGAUGUGCUGAAUAUUGAAAGGGCACCAGAAAAUGUCUAGUGUGAUGAAUACUGCAGUUGCUCAAUUACAUUCUUGCGGUAUUAAAUGCCUGUGGGAUGCCAGGAAACAGCUGUAAACGAGUGAAAAUUGAGUCCUAAGGAAAAGCAACUGACCACAGAAUCUGGCCUGGGAGGUUCAGCUAAUAAGAUAGAUGAAAUUAAAUAGUGCUGUUGGCACCUGUCUGCAUUCAUAAGACAUUGGAUUUACAGCCGUCCUGUGGGCAAAAAUAAAGAAAUGUUAUCUCUGUGAGGUUUUGCAAAAUCAUGCAAUGAUUUUGAGAUUUCAGAAUUGAAUUUUAAGCGCCUGGAGAACAUAAGCCCUUGGUGGCUGACUCGUAAGAAUGUUUUAAGUUUGAAGGGGGCAGAUGAUUCUUUUAAGUUUAUAUUUUGUGGAUCUCUCCAGAGAAUACUAAUUUCUGUAUGAAACAUUCUGGGCUGGGAGUGACCAUCACCACAUCAAUGUGACUAAAUGCAUAACUGCAUGUUGUAAACUGCCCAGAGAGCUUUGGCUAUGGGGCGGUAUAUAAAUAUAAUAAAUAAAUAUGUGGUGGGCCUAGCUGUUGUGUACAGCUUCAUUUGGAAACAAAAGCAAGUGUUAGUCCUCAUUGUUAUUAAAUCAUGUAGGGGUCAUGUGUAUCCUGCACUUAAAAAAGCGGAGAGGGAUAGAAUAAAAAUCUGUGCCAAAGUAAUAUAAAUUGCAACCCAUAUAAAUGAAGCAAAUCAGUUCAUUUUAUACAUUCUGGUUCUGUUAACAGGAGUGGCACAGUGCUUUCCAGAGCGCUGAGGUCCCACCCCUCUGACAAUUGGAAAUUCCAUUGAUACCCCUGCCUCUCCUGUUAGCUUUUCUGGAUAUUUCACCACUGCUCACACACUUUCAAACCUAGUUCAUAGUCAUAUGUGAUAAAACUUGCUUAAGGAAAUUGAAGCUGAGAUUCUCACCUGCUUUUCACCCAAUACAAUUUGUGUGUGUCAGGGUGAUGGUAGUCCUGGUGGUGGUACUUGUUUGGAAGUGGUGUAGAUACAUGUUUGGAAACAGGCAGCGUCCAUGUUUAGCUUUCAGAGUUGUACGUCUGAUACCAACAAAGCUACUUGUUUCUUCCUAAUGGAGAGGGACUCUAGCUCUGCGGUAGAACACAUACUCUGCAUACAGAAGGUCACAGUUAAAAUACCUUGCAUCUCUAUUUAAAAGUGACCCAUUAGCAGUGAUGGCAAAUUCAUCUACUUGAGCUCUCAGAAAGCUGCUGCUUGUCAGAGUUGAGUUAGGUGGACAAUAUUGAGCUAGGAGGACAAAUGGUCUAACUGUGCUUAAAACCUUGGUGAUUUUAAUUAGCAUUGCAAGAAGUCUCUGAUCUCUAAACUAUGGUUGGGGCUUGAGCAGUGUUACAUCUACAUUGGUCAUAGUUGAGCUUCUCUGUGUAUUUACCCCAGGAAUAAAGGAUGUAAAUUAAAAAUAGAGGAUAAAUACUGUAGUGGGAAGGUCUCUUGGCUUGGGGUCAAGAACCCUAGGAUUGUAUGGCAUGGAAAAGUUGUUUCUUUUAGCCAUUCAAGUCACAAACAGCUUAGUUCAUGGACUUGAAAACAUGCACUUUUGUCAGCACUAAAUUUCCUGUGUGUGUGUUGAACUUUAAGCAUUCUUACCGAUAAAAUUCCCCCCCCCCUGCCUUUAAAUAUCAGUUUUUGACAGGAUGAUAAAGUGAGGAUUUUUGGAGAGGACUGGUGCCAGCUCAUGAAAUUGUUGCCGAGAUUGUUUUUUCCUAGUGUUGACAUUUUUAAUCUGUACAUUUAUUUCAGUCUUGGCAAGGGCAUGGUUGUAUAAAUCAAGUUUAACUGAUUGGGAGCAGCUCAAGCUGAAUGCUAAGAAGUUCUUAUCAGAAGCUAUUUGUUACCCUAGUCUGUGAUGCUGACCGGCUGCAUAUUUACAUCGUAGACUUUUUCCUCACCAUGUGGCUGGCUUGGUAUAGAGUUAACUGCACUAGAGAAUGGUUUGUUUUAACAGCAGCUAGAUUUGCACACUAGGAAUACUGCUCUUAAAACAAACCAUUCUUAGUUUUCUUACCUUUGUGGCUGGAUUGACUGCUAGGGACCUAUCAUGACAUAUAGUAAGAGUGGAGAUGUUUAUUGCCCUCAGCUUCAAGGUAUCAGGCAAUUAUUUUGAUCUCAAGAGCACAGGUACCACAUUAGCCACUUUCUAUUGUGUUGGACUUGUAAUAGGGAAAAUGUCUUCUAAGUAGAUGAACAUGUAUUCCAGUAAGAUACCCUCCCUCUCACCUAUUCCAGUCAUGCAACACUAUUAUGCUUGUUCUUUCCUACUUAAAAUAAAAAUAAAAACUUGCUGUUCAUGAAA